GCUCUAGGUGAUAUGCCGACAUAGCUGACAAUUUCGCAGGAAAAGUUGAAACGCAACAACGAAGUAGCCAUGGCUAAGGGGCAUGUCUACAAGAAAGCUAUGCAGGAUGCUAAGGACGACGCUGCUCAUGUCAAGCCUCAGGUUGCCAUCCUCAAGGGCAAGAACGAAGGGCUUGAGAGGACACUGGCCCGCAUGGAGUCCGAUCUCCGAUUCUACCAGAAAGAAGCUGAGAAUUACAAGAACGAGUGCUACAACUUGGACGUUAGAGCAAACACCAUCGAAACCCAGUUGAGCGAGGAAAUCAAUACCCUGAAGGACAAGCUAAGCCUAGUUGAGGGAGAGCGCGACGCGCUCAAGACCAGCUUGAAAGAGGAGGAGGUGUUGCGCAUCGCCGCUGAAGGUCAGAUUCCGCUCCCGUCAGCCACCACAGAGGAGUACGACGACUUUGGCUCUUCAGUUCGAUCGCCGCGGAAACAACAGACUUUUGCACAAGACGAGGAGGACAAGGAGAAUGUAGCGCCGAGCAGGGCAGCCGUAGAGCUCAUGCUCGUACAGCAAGACCUUGCCACGGAGAAGCGCCUCCGUGAGCGCGCACAAGAGCAAAUUGACUUCAUGAAGAUGGAGUGUCAAUUCCGUUGCUGCUCAUGCCGCAUUGCCGAUUCGAAAGGAUCGGACUAUAUCCACGACAACAGCUAUGCCGCUGCGAUUGAGGCAAUCAAAGCCUCAGUCCCUGCCCUGACCCCUCCACCAAGUGACCAUGGCGAUGAGCACAUGGAAGACGUCAUCAAACCUGACGUGAUGGUAGCCAAACGACCUAUCACUCCACCGGCAGACGAGAUACAGGGCGAUGAACAUAGCGCGGAAUCCGUGGACCAGACUCUCGACACAGUCAUCGUCAAGCGCCCUGACAACACAACACCGGAGCCACCUGUGGCAUUCUCACCCACCACAGGCACCUUCCGCUCUGUUCCGUCACCUGCUAAGGCUGCAAGCUCAACAAAAGUCGUCUCAUCAGAGAAGCCCCGACUCGAGCCGACUACAGUCGCUGGAUUGGCUUCACCCUGGGUUCCCAAUGCUCGUCAACCUCAGUCUCGCGCUAGUAUCCAGACUGAGCAGAUGAAGUCAAAGUCGACUGGUAUUGUCAUCCACGAGGAUGCAGUAAUGGACAGCGAUGAGGACGAUGAGGAAGUUAUCGAAGACAACGAGUCUGAGGACCACUCGCAGGAAGCUUCAGAUGCUCCGGUAACUCCGUACCUCACCCGUACCAUCACGACGACAACACGCGUCCCAUUGCACUUUUCUCCUAUGACACCGGCUGUCAAGUCAGGGGCUGAGCCUUUGACACCCUCAACGAUUGCCCACGCUCCUAUGAACGCUCGUACCCCUGUGCUCGGCGAGCUUAAUCUGAACAAGCUCCCCAUUGACAGGGAAGCUGCCCUGCAGGCGAUCAGAGAACGCCGUGGGCGUGCUAGAAGCAUGGCCAUGGGCCAAGAGACGCCGCGAAAGCAGAUGAUGGAAGGCGUGAAGGAGCGUAGAGAUAUCAGUGCGCCGGUCUCGAGAGCGCGACGAUGACGGGAUCCGACGCGGGAGACGUCUUCGGUAACUGUUGCUUUGCUAGUGUAAGAUUGUAUGGACGCGAGCUCUUAUUUCGCAAGGCUUGGAAAGCGGCAUUGAAGGAGUUUGGAGAUGCGGUCACUUCUUCCUCACGGUUGUUUUCCCAUCGGCGUUUGGUUCUUUCACGCUACAAUGGUUCCUGUCUGGUUCGGCUAUAUACCACUGGUUGCGCUGGAGGAGUACAUUGUUACAUCGAAGUGUGGUUGAGUUUAUGUGACCACAAGCAUUUUGAAUAAUGGGAGAAGUGAAGUUAGAGAACGCGCGCCAACGAGUGACGUUUCCCACCCUAAGGGCGAUAUAUCAUACAAACGCGAAUUGUGCCUCUUUGCUGGCGACCAGGCUCAUGCUAUCAUCGUAAAUGGUUCAAACGCAUUACUGCUCUCGUGAGGGAAAU